UUGUAACCAGAGAAUAUUCGUAACACAUGAAAAAGAUAGUUCCGAGUCAAAGAGAAAACAAAAUUACAUUGCUCCAAAGUUUUCCAUGAUUCUGGUGGAAUUGGAGAAAUUUAAAAGCUGAAAGUCAGUUCGGUUCAAUAGUAAAUCAUGAGUGAUCUCAUUAAAUUCAAUCAUUUGUUUGACAUCUUAAUAGAAAAGUGAAAUGCAAGGGAUGAGAGGAUAAACUGUUGUUUCCUAUUGACAAUGCUCAUUGCACUUGGCAGUGUGUUAUGGCAACAUAUUGGAAAAGACUUAGAUUUAUUAAAGUGAAGGAGAUGAUAAAAAAUCUAAUUUAACUGUUGAACGCGAAAUUAAUCAUUUUAAAUUGGUUAAAUUAAUGUUACUUUAGAUAGAAUAGGAAAAAAAAUUCUAUCAUUAAGACUGACUGUUACAUGUCAGCGGCCCCCAAGCAAAAAGGAAGGGGAGUGGUAAAUGUUUUUGGGCAACCCACAAGUUGAAAUAUUUUUUUGUAGCUGUAUUCAUUUUUUCAUGAAUAUCAAAAUUUGAUAACACAAUUUUGUUUGUUUCUAAUCAUCCAGUUUCUUCUAUUUAUUCUGUUUUUUUCUUUUCCUUUUCUUUUUUCUUUUUUCUUUUCUUCUUUUUCUUAGUCUUCUUUCUGCUCUUCAGUUCUUUCUCUUAACAUCUAACAGCAACAUACUUUUGUUAAUUUUGAUCCUAUUCUAUAAGGUGGUGGUGGACAACGAUGGCUUCCUCAAUUUGUAUCAAUAGUGAUAAUAAUGGUGGUCCUUUACCUGGUGAUGUUGAUAUGGGAUCCAGUGAAACACCUAUUGGACAGAGGUUAGCCAUAUUGGAGAAACAGUUGGUGAUUGAGCUUAAGGUUAAAGAGGGUGCAGAAAAGUUAUUGCAAAUGUACACCAGUGGAUCUUCGAAAGAUAAAAAAUUACUAGCUGAAGCUCAGUUAAUGUUAAGUGAUGCCAAAGAGAAAAUUGAAUAUAUCAAAAUGAUGGUGAAUCGAGUAAAACAUAAACAAGACUUGGAAAAUAUUGCUAAAGGUGAAAAUAAUGGCUCUUCUGGGGUUGUUGGAUCCAAAAACUAUGGAAGUUCACGAAGUGGAAGUUUAAGUCUACUCGACUCUCUGUCACCUUUAGAAAUACGCAUUGAAGAAUUAAGGCACCGACUGAAGGUUGAAUGUGCCAUCGUUGACGGAGCUCGAAAUGUGAUCAAAUUAUAUCAAAGCUCCAAAUUAACAGACCGUAAAGCUUUACAAGAAGCUCAAUCUAACCUACUGGAAUCAAGUCAAAAAAUUGAUCUUCUACGGAAAGCCUUAGAAGUAUGUCGAUCACAAUUACCUCCUGGGUCACCUAAAUCAGCUUUACUCAAAGCUGACUUAGAGAAUAGUCAAUCUGUUACACCAUCAGUAUAUUCUCCAACCAUCCAAACCUUUAAAUGUACAGAUGAUCUCGUUAAUUCAACAUCACCAGCCAUCAUAUCUAAGCCUGCUGCUGUUACCGGUACCUUAGAAGUCCGGUUAAUUGGGUGCCAAGGCCUUUUGGAAGAUAUACCAGGUCGAUCACCCAAGAAUAACUCCACUCCCGGUGAUUUGAGAAGUUUAGUUCGUGCAACAAGUAAAGGCCUUAGCUUAAGUUCAUCAAGAUCCUAUAGUGUUAAAGAUGAAACCUGCAACGAAGUCAUGGCUAUACUUAAAUUAGAUAAUGUCACCGUGGGUCAGACAAGUUGGAAAGCUUGCAGCCAGAUGGCUUGGGACAUGAGAUUCUCUUUUAACUUGGAUCGAUCUCGAGAGUUAGAAAUACAAAUUUAUUGGCGCGAUUGGCGCUCUUUGUGUGCUGUUAAAUUUGUUCGUUUGGAAGACUUUGUAGAAGAAGUUCGCCAUGGAAUGGCCUUACCCUUGGAACCUCAAGGAAUCCUUUUUGUUGAAAUUAAAUUUAUUGAUCCUAUGAUUUCACGAAAACCUAAAUUACAACGUCAAAAAUUGUUCCGUCACAAAGAUAAGAACAUACUCCGUCCAAAUCAAAUGAAUAUCAAUGUGGCCACAUGGGGUCGAUUGAUUAAACGAGCUUUACCACAAGCAUCAUCUGAAACUAACUUAGCAUCGAGUUCAUUUUCAUCUUCAUCUAGAGUAACAGCAUCAACCGCAGCUAUUGAUAAAGCAGCUAACUUACCUAGCUCACAAGGAAUAAUCUCUCCUACAAAUGAAACUUCAGCAUCAAUAUCGUCAUUCAAUGUACCAUCAAUAUUACCAACACAGGCAACUAUUAUAUCAUCAUCUUCAUCAUCAGCAUCAUCCUCAUCUACUACUACACCAAUUACACCUUCCGCUACAUCUCACGCUACAACAAUUAUGACACCACCCCCCAUUCAACCCAUUAAUGAGUCUCGUUAUAAACAAGAAUCAGCUGACCAUAAUAAGGCCCGUAGUCAGAUUAAACCAAGCCUAUCCAAUGAUUCACAAAUUAACUCAACCCUGGAAAGUUUUGACUUCCUCAAUGAGUGUAAUGUCAAUGAUACCCUUCGACAAUCCAAGCAAAUAGUCACUACACCAGGAUCAAAUGAGGCUACACCGUCACCUCCUGCUUUCAGUGAUUUACAACGAGCCAGCAUUCAUAGUAUAGAUGAGAAUGAAAUUGCUCGACUUAAAUUAAGAUACUCUCCUGGACCUGAGCCUAUUAUUGAUUUAGCUGGAGAAGAAAGUCCUCCAAAAACAGUUACAUCUGAAUCUUAUAAAACAGGAAAGCGGAUGACAAUAAAUGACUUUGAAUUCAUUAGUGUUUUAGGAAGAGGUCAUUUUGGAAAGGUUAUUUUAAGCAGGUACAAACCUACUAGAGAAUAUUAUGCCUUAAAAGCCCUUAAAAAGGGUGAUGUGAUAGCUCGAGAUGAAAUUGAAAGUCUUAUGGCCGAGAAAAGGAUACUCGAAGUAGCCACAAAAACUCGCCAUCCCUUUCUUAUUAAUCUAUUUGCAUGUUUCCAGACCAGUCUUCAUGUUUGUUUUGUUAUGGAAUACGCUUGUGGAGGCGAUCUCAUGCUUCAUAUUCAUCAAGACAUUUUUUCGGAGCCUCGGGCAACAUUUUAUGCUGCUUGUAUUGUACUUGGCCUUCAAUUUUUACACGAAAACAAGAUUAUCUACAGAGAUCUCAAAUUGGAUAAUCUUUUACUCGAUGCACAAGGUUAUGUUAAAAUUGCUGAUUUUGGCCUUUGUAAGGAAGGAAUCGGCUUUGGAGACAGAACCGGAACAUUCUGUGGUACACCCGAAUUUCUCGCUCCUGAAGUUUUGACUGAUAAUUCCUACACUAGAGCAGUAGAUUGGUGGGGAUUAGGAGUUCUUAUAUUUGAAAUGUUGAUCGGAGAGUCUCCGUUUCCAGGCGAUGAUGAGGAGGAAGUUUUCGAUAGCAUAGUCAAUGAAGAAGUUCGAUAUCCACGAUGUUUAUCAACUGAAUCAGUAGCCAUUAUGAAAAGACUUUUAAGAAAAAAUCCAGACAGAAGACUUGGAUCGAGUGAACGAGACGCUGAAGAUGUUAAAAAACAAUCUUUCUUCCGGCAUAUCAACUGGGAGGACCUUCUCGCUCGUAAAGUUAAACCUCCAUUUGUGCCCACUAUCAAAUCACUAGAUGACGUUAGCAAUUUUGACAACGAAUUUACUUCUGAAAAACCCGUCUUAAGUCCACCAAAAGAUCUUCGAUUCAUACCAAGGCUUGAUGACCAAUUAUUCAAAGAUUUUGAUUACAGUACGAUAAGUUAGGCUGUACAAUUUUUGUUAAAAAAAAGUUUUUUACUGCAUCUAAAAGCUUUUUAUUACAUUUCACUUUAAAUUCAAAAAUGCACAAUGUAUAAAAAAUUUUCGUUCCAAACCCUUGCAAACUAAUUGUCGUUAAUCAAAAAAACCAAGCUCUAUAUCUUUCAACGUUUUAAAUUACGAAGAGUAAAUACGAAAACAAUUUAAAGAUGAAUUCGGCUAUAAAUUAACACUCCUUUUCAUAUUACAUUAUAAGCGACUUAAUUUUUUUUACCUUAAUGCUUAUUUUGAUUUUGUGAUCUGAUUUUGAUGGACUACUUAAAAAAUUUGUAGUCAAACUAAAUGAUGUAAAGGUUUUCGAGAUUAGCAAUUAUUUCUCACAAUUUCCUAGUUAAUAGUCAUUUUCAUAUUAAAUUUUGAUCAAUAUUUGUUAA